AACUGUACCCUUAAGAUACUGAUUUGAUUAUAAGCCUAGCACGUGUUGCAAUGUUUGUCUCACGCUUUGACUUGACAGCUGCUAGCUCGUGCCGCAAUACUGCUCAACCCACAGCCAGAACGCAAGGAUCAUUUAGGCUGUGCUUGCUCUUAUAAACGUUUUAAAUAUUCAGAGACUUCACGGACUUUAUCACUACUGGAAAUGAAUUACUUCAUAUUGUUUAUUCAAAUCAUUUCACUUUCUUCGUUUGGACCAGCACUGUGCUCGGAAGAUGAGACAAGAUUAGUAAAGACUUUGUUUACUGGAUACAACAAAGUGGUCCGUCCUGUCAGCCAUUUUAAAGAUCCAGUGGUCGUCACUGUAGGACUACAACUCAUUCAGCUUAUCAGUGUGGAUGAAGUUAAUCAGAUUGUCACCAGUAAUGUACGACUAAAGCAGCAAUGGAAGGAUGUUAAUCUCCAGUGGAAUCCCGAUGACUAUGGUGGCAUCAGAAAGAUCAGAAUUCCCUCCACUGACAUCUGGAAACCUGAUUUAGUACUCUACAACAAUGCUGAUGGAGACUUUGCCAUUGUUCAUGAGACAAAGGUCUUGCUGGAGUACACGGGUAUGAUAACAUGGACUCCUCCUGCCAUCUUCAAGAGCUACUGUGAGAUCGUGGUCCUUCACUUCCCCUUCGACCUGCAGAACUGCAGCAUGAAACUUGGAACUUGGACCUAUGAUGGCAACUUAGUUAUCAUAAACCCAGACAAUGACAGGCCAGACCUCAGUAACUUCAUGGAGAGUGGAGAGUGGGUGAUGAAGGAUUACAGGAACUGGAAGCAUUGGGUAUAUUACGCUUGCUGUCCGGAUACACCCUACCUGGACAUCACCUAUCACUUCCUCCUGCUCCGACUUCCACUCUACUUCAUCGUCAAUGUCAUCAUUCCUUGCAUGCUGUUUUCCUUCCUCACUGGCCUUGUGUUCUACUUGCCCACAGACUCUGGUGAAAAGAUGACCCUCAGUAUUUCUGUCCUGCUCUCUCUGACUGUGUUCUUGCUGGUGAUUGUUGAGCUGAUCCCCUCCACCUCGAGCGCUGUUCCCCUUAUUGGCAAAUACAUGCUCUUCACCAUGAUCUUUGUCAUUGCCUCCAUCAUCAUCACUGUGAUUGUCAUCAACACACACCACCGCUCCCCUAGCACACACACAAUGCCCGCCUGGGUCCGCAAGAUCUUCAUAGACACCAUUCCAAACCUGAUGUUUUUCUCCACAAUGAAGCGACCAUCACAGGAACGGCAAGACAAACAUCUCCUUCCUGCUGAUUUUGACAUCUCUGACAUUUCUGGGAAACCCACGCCAGCCUCUGUCACUUACCACUCUCCCAUAACCAAAAAUCCAGACGUACGUAGUGCCAUCGAGGGUGUUAAAUACAUCGCGGACACCAUGAAAAGCGACGAGGAGUCCAACAAUGCUGCAGAGGAAUGGAAGUUUGUUGCUAUGGUACUGGAUCACAUUCUUCUAUGUGUGUUCAUGGCAGUGUGUAUUAUUGGCACACUCGGUGUGUUUGCCGGACGCCUGAUCGAGCUCAGCAUGCUGUGAGAGCCCAAAAGAAGCCAGGGACUGCAGUGAAAUUCCAGCCUCAGCCGAACUGUCCUAAAGUGCCUGCCCAGACCAGAUGUAAAUGGAACAGAGAGAUUAGUCAACAACUGGAAAAUAAGACUCACAUUCACAGACACCCCCCUGCUCACUUCUUUCUUCAUGAUUGUCAGUAUAGUGUAUGCAUUUGUAUCUGCAAAACUUGACAGAAUGGAUCUGACCAUAAGCACAGAAAUAUGACAAUGUGUGGCAUUACUUUAUGUAGGGUUAGAUUAUGUUUUAUUCAAUAUACUUUGUAUGUUAGAUUUUCCCAAUGUGUUUUGGUUUUGGCUGUUAUGAAGACAACUGUUAUUGGUCUGUUUUCCAUGCUUGGUAGCCAAUGUACUUGAAUGGCUUGAAAUAUAUGGCAAAAACGAUUAAAGAGAAGACAUUUAAUAAACUGUAUUUGAUUCUAUAAAACAGCAUAUUAAACAAGAACUAAACCUAA